AUGGUCACUCGAGUCCUUGUGCCUACCAAAACCAUCGCCCAUCCCACACCUGUUCAGCCCCUCGAUUACCCUGUAUUCUCUGAUUCGGUUGGAAGUCUUGACUUGCUUGAAUUUGUCGAACUUCUCCUUGUCACGCCCUUUCGAUGGUUUGGCCUAUUCAUCACGGGUUGUUGUAACGCUCUCAUCGGUCUUGCUGCUACACUGUUCUGCUCUGCAGGCUUCAUUGUCUUUCUGGCUGGUAUCAUCACUCACUUGGGGUUUUUCAAUCGUGGAGAAUGGGAUCGGUUCUCAUCCAAGAUUGCAUGGACAUUCCUCGGCCUCGAAUGGGCAGCCUCGCUGAUCUUCUUUGGCAUCGGCCGAUGGCCCUUCACUCUAUUCCUGAAGCUCAGCGUUCUCUACUUCUCAGGAAUUGUGUGCAGCAUGUUGGCCUACCGGGUCUUCUUCCAUCCGCUGCGCGAUUUCCCGGGACCACUCAUGUCGCGCAUGGCUAUGCUUUGGCGAUGUUCAUCGUUCGAGACUGUAUGGAAUGAUCAUCGACGCUUUGGUGACUUUGUUCGUGUCGGCCCGCGGGAGGUGUCUAUCAACAACGUCGAGGCUUUUCACCAAAUCCAUGGACCCGGUGCCCCUUGCAUCAAGGGUCCAAUUUAUGAGUGUAACCCCGAGCGCACGUUGCGUCGUUCUCACCAAUCCCGGAUGUACAAAGCCCGAAGCUCAAUGUGGGCGAAAGCACUUGGUCAAAGGAAUAACCUGAAUGAAUACCAAGUUAUCUUUCGCAAGCACUGUGCUACUUUUCUUCGGUGCUUGAAAGCGAAUGCAAAUUCUCCGUUUGACAUCACUCUGCUGCUCCGGUACUUCUCUUAUGAUGUGAUGGGUGACAUGGUCCUGGGAAGAUCCUUCGGUAUGAUGAGGUAUCUCAAGUCUCGUUACGUUCUUAUCCAGCAGGACUACGUGCAAGACCUUGCGGGGACCUUCAAAUGGGCUCCGUGGCUAUCAUCUAUACUGAAGCAAGCGCCAUCGGUCAAUUGGAUACGGGGUCAAUGGAUCAAGAUUUGUUAUGCCUUGAUCAACAAGCGGCACGAGCUCGCUGACAAACGUGGCUAUUUGUUCUCUGCGCUGCCGAGCUACACACGAGAGGGCGAGGAAAGGCUACCGUUCACCAACACGCUGCUUGUGCGUGAUGCGGACCUUGCAAUUGCGACCGGUACCGACACCGUGGCCUACACUCUCUCGGCGUUGAUCUUUCUCCUUGCAACGCAUCCCAAAAGCCAAAGGCUGCUACGGGAUGAACUCACCAAGGUUCCGCCCGACAGCUCGAGGUUUUCGGUCCAUUAUCUCAGGCACGGCGCGUCUUACCUGAAUGCAUGCAUCAAGGAAGCAAUCCGGCUGUAUCCGGCUAUUCCUGGCGGCAUUCAACGGUUGACGCCCCCUGAAGGUAUGACCGUUGCAGGGAGGUAUAUCCCAGGAAACAUGAUAGUCUCGACGUCUAUCUGGAGCAUGCAUCGAGACCCACGGUACUUCGUCUCUCCGAACGAGUUUAUCCCCGAGCGCUGGACGUCUCGACGGGAUCUCGUGCUCGAGCCGAGGGCCUUCGUGCCGUUCCUCACCGGGCCGUAUCGAUGUCCCGGGCGACAGUUUGCGAUGCUGGAGAUGCAGAUGCUCGUGGGCUCGAUCGUGCAUGGGUUCGACUUUCGGUCUGGGGGGAGUCACCGUCUCGAUGAUUCGAAUGUCAUCGCCAACCCCGGCCCGGACGAGGCCUUCGUCCUUCGGUUCCCAGCUCAUGCAGUGUUAUUCACCCCAAGGGCUUAA